UCAUCUUCUGUUCUACAUUCCUCCAUUUGCUCAUCUACUGAAAAAAUGGUGACGCUGAAGCUACAGAAGCGGCUGUCCGCCAGCGUGCUCAAGUGCGGCAAGGGCAAGGUCUGGCUUGACCCAAAUGAAGUUAACGAGAUCUCCAUGGCUAACUCUCGACAAAACAUUAGAAAACUAGUCAAGGAUGGUUUCAUUAUCAGGAAGCCUACCAAGAUUCAUUCACGAUCCCGUGCUCGUAGAAUGAAGGAGGCCAAGAGGAAGGGUCGUCACUCUGGAUAUGGUAAAAGAAAGGGUACCAGGGAGGCAAGGCUGCCCACUAAAAUUCUCUGGAUGAGAAGAAUGAGAGUUUUGAGACGUUUGCUGAGGAAAUAUAGGGAGGCUAAGAAGAUUGACAAGCAUAUGUACCAUGACAUGUACAUGAGAGUUAAGGGUAAUGUUUUCAAGAACAAGCGUGUUCUCAUGGAAAGCAUCCACAAGUCUAAGGCUGAGAAGGCUAGAGAAAAGACCUUGUCUGAUCAGUUUGAGGCUAAGAGAGCUAAGAACAAGGCUAGCAGGGAAAGAAAGUUUGCAAGAAGAGAGGAACGACUAGCCCAGGGACCAGGGGAGAAAGUAGCACCUCCACCAGCUGCGGCUGCCCCUACACCGGCAUCUCAGCCAGCUCAGGUUACUAAGAAGGCUAAGAAGUGAGAUCGCAGAUGACUGCCUUUUUGGUGCGAGAUGACCUUGUGUGCCAUCUUGAUGUUUUUGUUAGAGUAUUCACAGACUAGUGUUUUUAUGAUAUCCAUUUCUCUUGUUAUCAUAAGUAUGCUAUUAAAUGCAAGGAUUAUUGAUACAUAACUUUUAUCUUUGGAUUAUCGUCAGUGUAAUUUUACAUCUCUGAAAAAGUGUCGUCUUAUUGUGUUU